AUAGAGUGAGGAGGCAUGUCCAACAUGAAACGUCAUAUAAAAAAUUUCGUUCGAAGUUUAGCUAGCCUUGUGGAAAACAAUUUGUUUGGACUUGCUUUCGUUUUUAAGUUAAUUGGGUGAUAUUAUAAAUGAAAAUAUAAUGAAUUUAUUCGAGUUAAAGGAGCCAAUAGCGUAUUUAGCUAUUGUAACUACUAUUUUGCAAUUUUUAUCGGGCAUCUUAGUCUGCAAGCAGUAUGUCGUUAAUAGAACUACUGCUGAGGCCUCUUCGUUUCCUUUUAUUGCCGGCGUUUUAUCGUGUGGGGUGUGGUUUCUAUAUGGAUUGGCAAAACGCAACGAUAAAAUAGUUAUAGUUAACACAGUUGGUCUCAUGUUAAUGAUCUCAUACACAACUGUAUUUUAUAUAUAUACAUUUAAAAAAUCUGCUGUAUUGAGACAGUGUACUUGUAUCAUUAUUUUGUUCCUUAUUUUAUUAGGAUAUAUUUCUGUUGAAGAAGAUAACGAAAAUCUUGUUAUAAGACUUGGUACGCUUGCCAGUUCCUUUACUCUUAUAACAGUGGCUGCACCCAUGAGCAAACUGUGGUAUGUGAUCAGAGUAAAAAGUACAGAAUGUUUGCCAUUCCCUAUGAUACUGAUGUCCUUAUUUGUAUCAGCAUUUUGGUACCUUUAUGGUUAUAUAGACCAGGACCUAUUCAUAGCGGGCCCAAAUUUAAUUGGUAUGAUUCUAGCAUUGGCACAGCUAGCUCUGUUUGUAAUAUUUCCCAGCACAUCCCAUUCUUCUGUUCAAUAUAAAAGUAUUAUAGCUUAAAAUUUUUCAUAACACAUUAUUAACUAAAAUUAAGUGUGUCUACCAAAAAGACAACAGAAGUAAGGUAAGUGCACCUACAAGUCUUGGCAGCACAAAUUGUUUUUAUAAUCUACUUUUAUGCUCAUACUUAAUUUUACAAACCCUGAAAAGGAUUGAUCUGACCUGAUUUAAGCCUUAUAAAAUUAAGAUUAUAUGGGGACCUCAAGCUUGGUAAAAUUUACUUGAUACAAUAUCUAAAUAAAACCAGUAUUUAUUAGGUUGUGCUUCCCAUUAAAAUGUGUCUACCUCUUACAAACUUCAUGUUUUGCACUGCUGUUAGUGCUUGUCCACAUCUCCACGUCACGACGUCGUCAACGUAUAACAGUGCCGUAACGUGGCACGCUAAGUUGACGUGAGGUGCAAAUGUA